AUGUCAACAAGAUCGCAGAAUAGACACAGAAAUCAGCUUCUAUUACCCUUGCAGAAAAAAUAUGUGACUAAAUAUGUCCAUAGUAAUGGACCCCAAGAUAUGCCUGUUCAGGAUCCAAUGGACUUUAACAAUUGGACUGAGGACCAGCUUAGAAAAUACAGGGAAAGAUAUCUUAAUCCAAACCAUAUAAUAUCUCCUGAUAUUAAGACAUUUCAAGGAUACAUGUUGGAAGAAAACAAGUUGGGUGAAUCAACAGAGUCAUACAUCAAGAAUGAGGAAAACAGAAAUCAGAACGUGUACGAUUACAGGACACGUGAAGAUCUUCGAAGCAAUGUUGAAAAUCACUUUAAAAAUGGUCUUAAUGUCAAGGAGAAUGAUGUAAUUGCUGGUUUCCUGUACAAGGUGCAAAAUGAGGAUAAAAACUUCCGUUUGUACUUUGACAGAAAUAAUUAA